ACUCAAUCUGACUUGAGUAUUUAUAUGCAGCAAGAGAGAGAUACAUUGAGUCCAAGCUUCAGGCCUAGAAACAGGAAUCAGUUACCAUUGAUGCUUAUCCCAAUGUUUGUGGUUACCAUAAAAGCAAAUAUAACAUGGCAAGUGGUUUGCGUCAGAUCAGAUGUUUGAAUCUUUUGAGGAGGUAGCACGUGAAUGUCAUUUUUGUCAUUGUUGCGAGCGCUCUUUUACAGCUGAAGAAGAGGAUAUAGCUUUGUUAAUAAGCAAAGGAAUACCACAAAGGGUAAAGGCUUCAAGCACGGGGGAACAUCUUAACGUAUUAGCAGUGGAGUCUUCCUAUGCUCACUAUGUAUUUCAGCAGCUAGAAAAACUACAGGCAGUUUUUGAAGAAUACUCUAAACUAACAAGGAAGUUAUUCCUCUCGCUGAGAUAACUUUGCAAGAGCUCUGAAUGAUGUAUUAGAAAUCUCUGCCCAGACAAAAGCUGGCAAAGACUCAAUUGAAGCACUGGUGCAACCCCUGGAAAAUGCUGGCAGGAUCUUACAGGAAAUCGUAUCCUACCAAAAGCAAAUUUAAGAUCUUAAAAAUAUAAGCUCGAUUUCAGG